UCGUUCAUUGGUAAUGGCAGACACACAAAAACUAGGCCUUGGUCCGGAAGCCAAGCUAGACACCUCCACCUGAUCGCGAAGCGUGUAGUUGUGCUGAUGGUGAAUAGUGGCAAAGAUGAUGCCGUUUGUAAAAAGUGCGCUGAAAUACAACUGUCGGAAGACAACUGAGACGUGUCACUAAUCAACGUGCUGUCCCGUUUUCCUGCCAGAGCGAGAGAAAACGAGGAAAAAAGAACAAGUCCUUCUUCAGUUUUUUUCUCGCUUGAGUCAAAUCAAAUUGUGUGGAAUACCAGGAUCAGAAAUUCAAGUCAGAUUCAGUUCAAUGAAUAGUGUAAGCCCGGAGCACUAUCCCUCUGCAAGGAGCUCAAAGUGUCAGAAAAGUUCCGCUUCAAUCUCAAAAAAGACAAACGAAAGGCAGAAAAAUAGCAGAAAACAAAGUUGUCACUUGUCAUGAAAAUAUUUUACCGCUGUAUAAGCUUAAGUAGCUUUAAGUGAGCGUCGUUCCUGUGCCCAGCUCCAUGUUGGCGGGAAACGCUAUCCCGUGUUCAACGCAUCAUUUUGCUUACCGUGUUGUUACAUGUAAUCACAGUGAAUAAGUUUAUAACAAGAAGGAGAUACAGAAUAUCCAGCUGCAUAUGUUUCACGUUAGGAAAACGAAAUAACAAACACACAAGCUACGGGAACUAUAAUAAGGUGUUUAAUCGACUAAAUCAACGUUCCCUAGCCUAUACAGGUGAUAUGCUGGGGUAGUCAAGGAAGAUGAGCCUGUUGCCUGCAGUUUCGCCCCCUACAACUACUGUUGAUUCGCUGACUGUGACGAUAUCAGAUGAAUUAUAUGCAAAUUUCAGCCAACUUGAAUGCGAGCAGCAGGAACAAGCCAGACGACUUCACGCCAAUGACUCUGCCGGGGACAAUAGCUCAGGCACAGAAUCCAGCGGAUGUCCGGUAGCAUGGGAUGGCCUAUCAUGUUGGCCUGCCGUUCCACCUUCGUCGUUGCUUCAGCGUUCGUGUCGCCUUCUGCUUCUAAACAUCGAAGAAGGCGCUAGUACUGUCCUACGUACGACAAUGCAUCAUCUAAACGAUGAAACGUUUGCGUACCGCCUCUGUGAUAGCGAAGGUCACUGGGUACUGAACACGACGAACUAUAAUGCUUGUAUUGCCCUCAUCAGUCAAGCGGAUCCGGACGCGUACCCCUUUGAAGCGCCUUCACUUCUUCCCGUCGCCGUUUCCGGGAUCGUGGCAUCUUUAUCGCUAAUUUCACUACUUCUGCUCACGAUUGCAGCCGUAAUCUUUUUAAAGUUUACGACUCUGGCUUGUUCUCGGACGCGUGUACACACCCAACUGGUAUUUGCACUUGGCCUGCAUUCAUUUUCACUACUAUUCAUCGCUGCGCCUGUUGUAGUCAGAUAUAUCUUCCCAUCCGCACGACUCGUUUCUAUUGCAACCCAGUUUCCGUGGGCCUGCAAGGUGACACUGUGCGCCAAACUCUAUUCUUCUAAUGCAGCGAUCAACUGGAUGUUCGUGGAAGGCCAUUUGUUACAUUCAAAAGUAUCCACCCAGGUGUUCAAAUCUAGUGCGCCUUUUCGAGCCUACUAUACUAUUGGUUGGGGUCUUCCAUUGGCCUCCGUCGUGCCUUGGGCGGUAGUAACAGAGCUAUCGUAUCCGGAUCGGGCUUGUUGGGAGGGUUACGCCAGACACUCAGCCGUCUGGUUUCUUAUUGCACCACGACUCAUAGCUGUGCUCAUUAAUUCUGUGUUUCUGGUAAACAUAGUACGGAUCCUAAUCUCUAAGGCUAAAGCUGACUUAACCGAAAACAGCCAAUUCCGGGCGGCAUUAAAGGCUACACUAGUUCUUUUCCCGCUGCUCGGGCUCACUCAUCUGCUUUUUGCAAUCAACCCGCAAAACUCAAUUGCAAUACCCAGACUCAAAGAAGCCUACCUCGUACUCAGCGCUGCCUUGCAAUCGUCACAGACCCACUACGGUCUACGUCUUCGAAGGGCAUAGGCUCAAGGAAUAGCGAGGUUAUGGCAACUUAAAUUGCCUAUAAAAGACAAAGUGCCGGACGCUUGUGCUCUACAUUGAUACUUACACUGGCCCUUCGCUUGGUGGACGGCUUUGGCUCGAGAAAUUACGUUAUAAAUCCCAGCGGCAGUUUGAAGAGGUAGCUUUCCUAUGGUAAAUGAGAAUCCUUGCUUAAAUGAAUCGGUAAGACCAGGACAUAGCCUCAUCCACGUUCGCCAUGAAGGUGAGCGAUGCGGAUACGUAGGGCCCAGCCGCGUAUCAUCUGGGACACUACGGGUUCUAUUCGCCGAUUCAUAAAUUUGUUCGCUAGCUGUGAGAAUGAAACAGUGUCAUUUUGGUAGCCUUAGAAGUGCAAAAGAGAAGAAUACAUGACUUCAUUAAAGGCGUCCUUGGAAGUUUCUAGCCCCUCUAUUGUCUACUCAUUAGCUUCUCCUCUACCAUCUUUUUCGCUUCGUUGUUGUACAUUGACAUCUCCUAACUACCGAUGGAGACCUCGAGCUUAGAUCUAUUUGUGAUACUUUGAAAAGAAGUACAGCGGCAAGCAGGGAUCUAAAUCUACCUCUAGGGUUUUUGCUGGAUUUCUUUUAAGACCGAAACGUUGUGAAAAUAGUUUGUUCGGUUGGAUAGUCAAUAUAGACCUUAGCGAAUGUGUUAGUGGUAUUGCAAGAUUCGGAUAAUGUAGCUUCGAAACAACACAAACGAAGGGCGGUGGUGGGGAGUGUAAAUUGAAAUAAAAAUUUGGAUUGGCUGUCUCUUUUUUACCUGAAAACGAGCGUGUAGCGUAAAUCGAUGCGUGAAUAGUACAAACGAUUACGGAGUUUUGUAACGUUGAACAAAUUUUUAUGGACUCAUUCUAAUCAGGUUAUAACGAAUCAUCGCCGAACGUAUCUGUCACAUUGUGUCGGUACUGUGUUUUGAGCGAUUACAGUUAGUGCAGCUCGGCAGAAAUCAUACGCUAUCGACCGUCAACGUCUACGCUCUAAAAAUUGUUUUAGUACUUUUAGCACUUUUACAUUAUUUAAAGCACAAACCCGUUAGCAUUUCCAAUUGAAGCGAACGUGUGCUAAUUGAUUGGUAAAUUGUUUUCUUGUAUUUUUCGCAAUAGUAAAUGUUGUUCCAUUUACAACAAAUGCACUUAACUAGGAAAAACUCCCAUGGAAGGCUGCGUCGCUAUUGUACACGAGUGGUAAUGCCAGACAUGGUUCGUUUCGAUCGCGAAGACAGACAAGGCUAUCUGUUUAUAGGUAGAGCAAUAACAACAUAAUCACGAACGUAUUUCUAACUGCCUCUAUAUAUAAUAACGUCUUUCAUAUAAAUGUAUUCAUCAAGAUAUUGUUUGGAGGAAGUGACUAACGGAACGGAGCCACAAAUAGCGAAUUACGGCGCCAUCUAUAAAAGAGGGUAGCGAAUAGAAUACAGUUUAGUAAACGUUUACGGUAUGCUACGUU